AUGGUCAUUGGAAAGACGUCGGACGUGGGCAGUCCGGAUGGGCAACACAAGGACGCCGAGAAAGACGGCAAGAUGCUCGGCGGGCUGAGAGAGAAACUGAAGAACACGAAGCUGUACGACUUCAAAGUCGGCGCCGUGCAUCUGAAGCAUCGCCUGGGCAAGUUCGAGAAUCUGGUCAACCAGAACCAUCGCCAUGACGAGGAGCACGAGCAGAAGACCGACGCCAAGCGGACUCGCAUCGCGGAGGGCCAUCGCUUCCAGUCGUUCGCGCCGGAGCGGGAUGGGAAUAAGAUUAAAUGGUAUAUCGACGGACGGGACUACUUCCACGCGGUCUCGGUGGCGCUGGAGCGGGCGAAGGAGACGAUUUAUAUCGAGGACUGGUGGCUUUCGCCGGAGCUGUUCUUGCGGAGACCGCCGUACCACAACCAGGAGUGGAGAUUGGAUUAUACGUUGAAGAGGGCUGCGGAGCGGGGCGUCAAGAUCUAUGUCAUUGUCUACCGCGAGGUCGAGCAUGCUCUCACGUGCAAUUCGCAGCAUACCAAGAAGGCCCUGACGGCGUUGUGUCCCGAGGGGACGCCGGGCCAUGGCAAUAUCAAGGUCAUGAGGCAUCCGGAUCAUAAUGUUCUGGAGAAUGCGUCGGAUAUGACGUUUUACUGGGCGCAUCAUGAGAAGUUUAUUGUCAUUGACUAUGAUCUGGCGUUCAUCGGGGGUCUGGAUCUCUGCUUUGGCCGAUGGGAUAAUCGACAGCAUCCCUUGGCCGACGCCCAUCCUCGCGGUGUGCAGAAUGAGAUUUUCCCCGGCCAGGAUUUCAACAAUAACCGGAUCAUGGAUUUCCAGAGCGUGCAGGAUUGGAAGAGCAAUGAGGUUUCCAAGGCGGAGUAUGGACGUAUGCCGUGGCAUGAUGUGGCGAUGGGGGUUAUUGGGCCGUGUGUCUAUGAUAUUGCGGAGCACUUUGUGCUGAGGUGGAAUUUCUGCAAGAGGGAUAAGUAUAAGCGGGAUGAUCGAUAUGACUGGCUUACUUUGACGGGACGGACUGGUGACGAUGAGGAUCUUAUUGGUGUUCAGAGACCGAAGCAUCCGGUGGGUGACUACAUUCAUCAUCCACUCUCGCCUUUGGACGGAAAGCGUGCGAAUCCGAGACAGGGCAAGACCAAGCAGCAUCCUCAUGGAGAAGCUGAGCCUGUGGACGAUGACGAGUUUCAUGAUGCACAGGAGACCGUCGACGAGCACGGAUACACUCGCCAUCAGCACGAGUUCGGGCAUGGCUUCCAGAAGGACCUGCGAGAACGAGGCAUUCAUCGGCCACACGUCCAUAAGGACCACACGGCCCGCGAGGAAGGCGUCAGCCAUCAAGAGAACUCCGGCGUCACGGGCAACGACCCCAAGAACGAGGGAUUCGCCUCAGCCUCAGGUGGUAUCCGCGAGAAGAGGAAGGGGUACCCAUCGGAUAAGGUCGAUGGGGAUAUCAUCACUUCGCAAGGAACGGUGCACGCUCAGAUCGUUCGUUCGUCCGCCGAUUGGUCUUCGGGAAUUUUGGCAGAGUGUUCGAUUCAGAAUGCGUAUUGCCAGGUCAUUCGAGAGGCGAAGCACUUUGUGUAUAUUGAGAAUCAGUUCUUUAUUACCGCGACUGGUGAGGAGCAGGCGCCGAUUCAUAAUCAGAUUGGUGCGGCGAUUGUGGAUGCUGUUGUGGCUGCUGCUAAGGAGAAUCGGAAGUUUAGGGUAAUGAUUCUCAUUCCUUGUAUCCCAGGCUUUGCUGGUGAUCUCCGAGAUGACGCCGCUACAGGAACUAGAGCGAUCAUGGACUACCAAUACAAGUCCAUCUGCCGAGGAGACCACAGUAUCUACGGCAGGAUCAAGGCUGCCGGUGUCGACCCCACGGAGUACAUCUACUGCUUCAACCUUCGAUCAUACGACAGAAUCAACAAAACACCGCUGCUCAAAGAGCAAGAGGAAAAGUCAGGCGUGAAGUAUCAAGAAGUCCAGCGAGCAGAAGCCGAGGAGAUCAUGCCAGAAGGCGUGCACGCUAGUGAAGGGCUCGAAGGUUCAGGCACCACCGGUUUCAGAAAGACGGCGAAGGAGGGCGGGAUCAAGGGACUUUUCAACAAAGGCAAGAGGACCAGUAUGGAUCUCGAUGAGGAGGAUAAGGUGCAUCCUGAGAAUGAGAAUGAGGACCAGCAGGUGCUGGCGGAGAAGAAGAAGAAGUUUGAGGAGCAUCGACAUGAAAGGUAUGAGGAGUUUGAGGGGAGUGAGGACUCGAUUGCGAAGAACGCGCUGCUGGGCGAGAAGAAGCCGAGUGAAGAGGCUUGGGCGGGACGGACGUCGGAUGGGAAGAAGGAUGGGGAUGAGGAGCAUGAUCAGGAGAUCAGGCAGCAGGAGCUUGAGAACUUCAUUCAGGAGGAGCUCUACAUUCAUGGCAAGCUCCUAAUCGUCGACGACAGAAUCGUAAUCUGCGGCUCCAGCAACAUCAACGACCGCAGCCAACUCGGCUUUCACGACUCGGAGCUCAGCAUCGUCAUGGAAGACACGCUCCCCCUCCAAUCCAAAAUGAACGGCCAAGACUUCCGCGCCGGCCACCACGCUGCCACCCUCCGCCGCAUGCUCUGGCGCGAACACCUCGGCCUCCUCCCCGCGCAACCCCUCGACUCCUCCCAAGACCCCAACGCCCAACCCCCGGACGACGCCGAAAACGCCUGGUACGCGCACGACGAACACGACGCCCUCGUCGAGGACCCCCUCUCCGACGACCUCUGGGACCUCUGGACCAAGCGCGCCACGACCAACACGGCCGUCUUCCGGCACCUCUUCCACGCGGACCCGGACGACAACGUCAAGACGUUCGAGGACUAUGAUCGUUUCUUGGGAGCGAAGGGGUCGCGGAAGGCGGGGCAUAUCUAUGAUGAGUUCCAGCCGGUGGAUAUUGUGCGCCAGGAGCUGGAUAAGAUCCGGGGGCAUUUGGUUUGGAUGCCGUUGAGGUUUUUGGAGGAGGCGGAGAUGGCGGAGAAGGGGUUGCAGGUUAAUAGUUUUACGGAGAGUGUGUAUACUUAG